AUGGCACCGCCUCGUCCCAGAGCCAGUGCUGUCGAUACGGACGCGUCUAUGUCCGAUGCGCAAGAACCCGUCACAGCUCAAGCUGACGAAAUGGAGAUCGAUGAUACCCCCGAUCAGACUGAUACUGAUACAAACCCAAACACAACAGCCAGCAGUGUUGCCGGCGACCCGACUGAUGGGCGCAAGAAGCGCUCAGAAGCCAAUCAGUUACGACGAAGUAUUUUCGGUAAGAAGCAUGACUUGUUAGGCGAAUCGAAGGAAGAUGAUAGUAUUCGACGAUUUCGCUAUCUUCUUGGAUUGACCGAUCUCUUCCGCCACUUCAUCGAGACGAACCCGAACCCUAAAAUCCGCGAGAUUAUACAUGAGAUCGAUCGUCAGAAUGAACAAUCUACGAAGUCAAAGAAGAAGGGUGUUCGUCAAGGUGGCGCAGAGACCGGCCGAGCUCGUCGCACAGAAGCCGAAGAAGAUGAAGAGCUUCUCAAAGAUGAGAGGCAGGGUGGAUCGGCAGAGACUGUCUUUCGAGAGUCACCGCCAUUUGUCCAGGGUCAGAUGAGAGAUUACCAGAUUGCCGGUCUGAAUUGGCUUAUUUCGCUACAUGAGAACGGUAUCUCUGGCAUCCUCGCAGACGAAAUGGGUCUGGGAAAGACGCUUCAGACCAUCUCCUUCUUGGGUUACCUACGACAUAUUAUGGAUAUUAAAGGUCCCCACCUGAUCACAGUUCCGAAGUCCACACUCGACAAUUGGAAGCGAGAGUUCGCCAAAUGGACGCCGGAAGUCAAUGUUCUCGUGCUUCAAGGUGCCAAGGAAGAGCGACAUGCUCUAAUCAACGAGCGCUUAAUCGACGAGAAGUUCGAUGUUUGCAUUACAAGUUACGAGAUGAUCCUUCGAGAAAAGGCCCAUUUGAAGAAAUUUGCUUGGGAGUAUAUCAUCAUUGACGAAGCACAUCGUAUCAAGAAUGAGGAGUCAUCUCUCUCCCAGGUUAUCCGCUUGUUCAACUCGCGCAACCGACUUUUGAUUACAGGAACGCCCCUACAGAACAACCUUCACGAGUUGUGGGCUCUGUUGAAUUUCUUGCUACCUGAUGUCUUCGGUGACAGUGAAGCUUUCGACCAAUGGUUCUCAGGUCAGGAUGAGGAUUCAGAUGUGGUAGUCCAGCAGCUCCACCGUGUGCUUCGACCCUUCUUGUUACGUCGUGUCAAGGCCGAUGUUGAGAAAAGCUUGUUGCCCAAGAAAGAGGUCAAUCUUUACAUCGGCAUGUCGGAGAUGCAAGUCAAGUGGUAUCAGAAAAUCCUAGAGAAGGAUAUCGACGCCGUCAACGGUGCCGGUGGUAAGCGAGAGUCGAAGACUCGUCUCCUUAACAUCGUCAUGCAGCUACGAAAAUGCUGCAACCACCCUUAUCUAUUCGAAGGAGCGGAGCCAGGCCCUCCUUACACAACCGACGAACAUCUUGUGUACAAUUCUGGAAAGAUGGCCCUCUUAGACAAGCUGCUGCGACGACUGCAGGUACAAGGUAGUCGUGUUUUGAUCUUCUCACAAAUGAGCCGUCUUCUAGAUAUCCUCGAGGAUUAUUGCGUAUUCCGCGACUUCAAAUAUUGUCGUAUCGACGGAAGCACUGCGCACGAAGAUCGUAUUGCGGCGAUUGAUGAUUACAAUAAGCCCGACUCCGAGAAGUUCAUCUUUCUCCUCACGACUCGAGCCGGUGGUCUAGGCAUCAACCUAACCAGCGCUGAUAUUGUCAUUCUCUAUGACAGCGACUGGAACCCUCAGGCCGACCUGCAAGCCAUGGAUCGCGCCCACAGGAUCGGUCAGACGAAGCAGGUGGUUGUCUACAGGUUUGUCACGGAAAGUGCUAUCGAAGAAAAGGUUCUCGAACGAGCUGCACAGAAACUUCGUCUGGAUCAGCUAGUCAUCCAGCAAGGGCGUGCCCAUCCUGGAGCUAAGGGCCCAGCAGCUAAGGAUGAGCUUCUUGAUAUGAUCCAACACGGCGCAGAGAAGGUCUUUCAGACGAAAGGAGCUACCGGAAUGGCAGCCAAGGGCACAGAUCUGAACGACGAUGAUAUCGAAGAGAUCUUGUCGAAGGGAGAGAAUAGAACUAAGGAGCUCAAUGCCAAGUAUGAGAAACUAGGUAUCGAUGAUCUCCAGAAGUUUUCUUCGGAAUCCGCAUACGAAUGGAAUGGUGAGGUGUUUGGAGGAAAGAAGAAAGACAUUGGCGUGAACUGGAUUAAUCCUGCGAAGCGUGAGCGCAAAGAACAAUCUUACUCUGUCGAUAAGUUCUACAGACAAGCCAUUUAUGGUACUAGUAAGGCCGAAGCCAAACCCAAGGCGCCGCGGGCUCCCAAGCAGGUUGCGGUUCAUGACUACCAGUUCUACCCUCCGCGUCUUCGCGAUCUCCAGGACCGAGAGACCGCCUACUAUCGCAAAGAAAUCGGUUACAAGGUUCCCUUGCCAGAUGGAGAUGACGAUAACUUGUCAGAGCGUGAGGCCGAACAAGCAUUGGACCAGCAGGAAAUCGACAAUGCCACACCGUUGACCGAAGAGGAACAGGAAGAGAAGCAGAAAUUGUCUACUCAAGGUUUCGGUGAAUGGAACAAGAGAGACUUUCAACAAUUCAUCAACGGCUCAGGUCGUUACGGACGACAUGAUUAUGAAAGGAUUGCAGAGGAAGUCGACAGCAAGACCCCUGCAGAAGUUAAGGCCUAUGCUAAGGUCUUCUGGCAACGAUAUACCGAGAUCGCAGAUUACAACAAGUAUCUGCAGGUGAUCGAUACUGGAGAGGAGCGUAUGCGAAAGACGGAACAUCAACGUAAGAUGCUUCGAAAGAAAAUGCAGCAAUACCGAGUCCCUCUUCAGCAGAUGAAGAUUAACUAUUCUGUCUCGACGACAAACAAGAAGGUAUAUACCGAGGAAGAGGAUAGAUUCCUCUUGGUGAUGUUAGAUCGAUACGGUAUCGAUUCGGAAGGUGUUUAUGAGCGAAUUCGUGACGAGAUCCGAGAAAGCCCACUGUUCCGAUUCGACUGGUUUUUCCUUAGUCGGACACCCAUUGAGAUCAGCCGUCGUUGCACUACCCUUCUCACUACUAUUGUGAAGGAAUUCGAGGACGUGCAUCCGUCGAAGGCAAAUGGAGUGAACGGCAAGGGAAAAAGAGAGCCGGACGAUGAAGAGAACGACGAAGAUAGUAUCCUCGGAAUGGCUCCAGCUAAGAAGAAGUCCAAAACUGGCGUGAAGAACAAGGCCCUGGAUAAUGUCAAGGGCGGUGGCAGCAAAACUACAUCUGCUACUCCCUCAUCUCGAGCUUCUAGCGUUGCCUCUACAAACUCAGCACCUGCUCCCAAAUCGAAGGCCAAAGGCAAGAAGAAGUGA